AGGAACAAGAAAGCUGUCACACUGCAGUGCUUGUUGUUGAAACACCUUCCAUUCUCAGAGUACUGGAGAGAAUCUCUUCCUUUAUAUCUGUUUUUCUGUCUCUCUUAAUCUUCAUCCCCUCCCCACUUUAUCUCUUUCCCACGUUUAUUCUCGUGCAAUCUGCAUGUGAAACAUGUCACAGACACCGUUCUGUACCCACUGAAUAUUGAAAAGCGACAUUGAUCUAUACCCUUUGAAUAUUGAAAAGCGACAUUGAUCUAUACCCUUUGAAUAUUGAAAAGCGACAUUGAUGUAUACCCUUUGAAUAUUGAAAAUAGGCGACUAUCAUACAGAUUUGUUAUUAUUCUCAUUUUACCCGGUGCAGUGUUUUCUAUUGAUCUGUUUCAGUUCAGGGGGUCUAAAGCAAACCAUCUGCAGUCAAAGACCUCCUUUCUCUGGACCUCAUCUGCAGUUGAAGACACAGACAUUCACAUUAUUCACUGAAGCUGUAAGUAAUUUGUAACUAAGAUUAAAAUUGUUUAAUCACACAUUUUUUUUACUGUAAUAUACUGUUAAAUCAAAGAGAUGCCGAGGAGAAGCAAAAAAGCUGUUGCAGCAAAGCAGCGUGAAGCAGCGAAGGGAAAACCUAAAUAUGCUAAACAGCUGGUGAACAACAGUAGUACACACGUGACCACAGUGCUGGCAUCCCACUGGCAGGGUGAUGAAAGAUAUGAAGUGUUUUCUAGAGGAGUACAGUGUACCUGUAAUUCACUUACAUUUCUAGCAGUACACAGUGAAAAUAAUGACCUGACCAGCCUAAACCUAGACCAGAUAUUAACGCAGGGUGAUGCUGUUUAUACUCAUGUUAAACAAUCUUUACUGAAUGAAGGGAGGUUUCAGAGUAACCUUCUGACGUUUGAUGAGCUGCCCUGUACAGUAGAGACAGACUCGCAGUGUUACAGCGUUAUUAAACACCCACAGAGAUUCGGGUUUCUGAGAGAUGAGGCCCCACAGGGCAUGGAAGAAUAUGUGAAUCUGGAAAGAGCGCUAAACUGUCUGAGAAAUGAUGUAACUGAUGCUCUGCUGAUUACUGGAGGAAUGUGUGUUGCUGUAUUCAGAGAUCGCUCAGGUAGAUUUGGGUUCUUUGAUCCUCACUGUAGAACACCUGAUGGACUAACACCUGAAGAAAAUGCAGGUACAGCUGUGAUGCUCACGUUUGCAAACUUAGAGGACAUGACUGAAAGGUUACUAAUACUGUACCAGGUGUGUCUUAAACUGAAGGACAAUAGUCAGUAUGAGCUUCUUCCUGUAUCUUUUUUAAAUUUUAACAUAGCUGCUACAACAGCCACUACUGAUAAUCUCGAAAGAGAGGUGCAAAUAGCAGUGGACCCUUGUCCUAAUCUAUACCCUGACACUAGCCAAUUUGUGGAACAUCCUGUGGCUAAAUUAAGCAAACCUCAGAAAAGAAGACAAUAUUAUCAGCAAAAAUGCAAUAAGAAAAAAGAUCAGUCCAUCCAGACAGAGGCAGAAAAUAAGAGAAAAUUAAAUUUAAGAAACAAAUAUGCAAAUGAUCCUAAAUUCAGAGAAAAAAGGAAACAAAGCAACCGAUUGUGUUACACUAAAAAUGUAAGUUACAUAUUUGCAAAGCAAAAUUCAAUAAGACUUACUUACAUGGACAACACAGCAUAUAAAGAAAAGCAAAAACUGCGUGUUGUGAACAGUUACAGAAAUAACCCAGAUUACAGAGAAAAGCAGAAACAAUACAUUAAGAACAGUUACAGAAAUAACAUAGAUUACAGAGAAAAGCAGAAAAAAUACAUUAAGAACAGUUACAGAAAUAACCCAGAUUACAGAGAAAAGCAGAAACAAUACAUUAAGAACCGUUACAGAAAUAACCAAGAUUACAGAGAAAGGCAGAGACAGUACAUUAUUAAUAACUACCAAAAAGAGGCUUUUAGGCGAAGGCAGAAGCAGUAUUUUUCAAAGCGGUACAGAACUGAGCAGAGUUUUUCUGAGCAGAAGAAACAUAAAUUUAAAAGCCUAUACCAGACUGAUCUGCAUUUCAGGAUGAUUCACAGAGAACAGUGCUUACUGCGGUUAAAAAACAGAGCAUCCAGACUUAAAACCCUACACAAGAUACACUGUGCUCAACAAAUACAGAGGAAAUACAGACUAACCUGUUUCCAGCAGCAGAGAAACACACCAGUACAAACACAAAACAAUGAAUCGCUUAAUCCAGAAGUGCAGAAAGCUCUAGUUUUUUUUAAGGAAAUUAUAAAAGCUGGUCCAAGUUACAUUUGCACAGUCUGUCACAGAGCCUUAUUUUCUGAUCAGGUCCGUCUGUGUGAUCACACAAACUAUCAAAAAAAAACAGCAGUAGCUUCAAAUUGCUUGACCGGAAAAUAUGUUCAUACCUGUUCCUCUGACUGUAAUGAUAACUGUGCACCUGAAGAAAUGAAACAUGAAUGGAUCUGCCACAGCUGUCAUGAUAACUUGAGCAAAGGGAGAAUGCCUUCGAUUGCUUUUGUAAACAAACUCCAACUCACACCCAUUCCAGUAGAACUGUGUGAUUUAAAUAUACUGGAGAGACAUGUCAUUGCUAAAUAUGUGUGCUUUGCCAAGAUCAUCAGUCUUCCCAAAGGUCAGCAGAGAGCCAUUAAAGGUGCUGUUGUGUCCGUUCCUUCAGAUGUUGAAACAACAGUAAAUGUUUUACCCAGACCCAGCAGUGAAUCACAGCUACUCACAGUGAAGCUGAAAAGACGACUGUGUUACUCAGGCCAUUACCAGUUUCAGACCAUAUCCAUGCAGAAGGUUCUUUCUGCCUUACUUAAACUGAAGGAAAUCCACUCUGAAUACAGAGACAUUGUAGUAAACAAUGUGGAGCAGGAUGAAUUAUUUGAUGAUUUUUCAGAUCCAAUAAAUGCUGAUGAUAUUCCAGAAUAUGAAAUAGACUUGAACAUGAACUUUGACAAUGAUGACUCACCAGAGCAGAAUCUUGAGAAUGAACAUGAUAUUGAUAAUGAGGCUGAAAGCACAGAACAGAGCACAGGUCUCGCAUUAGACACAUGUCUACAACCUCCAGAUCUCGGUCAGCAUCUGUUGUCGUUCAAUGAUGGAAUAUUUUGCAUUGCUCCAGCUGAGAGAAACAAUCCAGUAAGCAUGUUUAAAGUUCCUAAACUGGAAGCGAUGGCUUUUCCUGUUCAGUUUCCCUCUGGUGAAAACACGUUUGAUGAACCAGACAGACACAUAGCUCUCUCACCCAGCAGAUAUUUCAAUGCCAGGCUCUUUUCUGCUGAUAAUCGCUUUGCAAGAGACACAAACUACAUUUUCUUUGCUCAAUUUGUUACUGAAACGCAUCAAGCAACUUCCAGCAUGUCAAUCCAACUGAGAAAAGCAAAAUCAGUGACAUGUGAAGGCCGAAAAAUCAACAGUGCGCUAUUACAGGACAAACGUGAAUUGGAUAAACUCAUACACAAUAAUGAGGGCACAAGAUUCAUGCAGCCACUCAGAGGAACGCCUGCCUACUGGGAAAAAACACUCAGAGAUCUUUUUGCCAUGCUUCGUCAAUUGGGAACGCCCACGUUCUUCUGUACAUUCAGUGCUGCAGAAAUGAGAUGGCCUGAAGUGAUCACAGCGAUUAAAGCACAGCAAGGUGAAUCGGUGGACUUUUCAGCCCUGGACUGGUCAGAGAAAUGUGAGAUACUGCGCAGUAAUCCUGUCACAGCCAUGCGCAUGUUUGAGAAACGUGUAGAAGCUCUUAUGAACCUUAUUCAGUCUCCUGCUCAGCCCAUUGGUCAGAUUGCUGACUUCUUUUUUCGCAUUGAGUUCCAACAGAGAGGCUCUCCACACAUUCACUGCUUAUUCUGGGUGAAAGGUGCUCCAGAGUUUGAAAAUGACCAAGAUCAGGAUGUUUGUGAUUUCAUUGACAGACACAUUUCAUGCAAACUGCCUGACCCAAACACUGACCCUGAACUGAACAGAAUAGUUUCAGAAGUUCAAACACACAGCAGAAACCACUCUAAAUCAUGUAAAAAGAACAAUAAACACUGCAGGUUUGGAUUUCCUAAACCCCCCAUGAAAAAAACACUCAUCACACGGCCCAGACCACCCCCUGACACUGAUUCUGAUGAUGAAGGUGCAGAAAAAGAUGAACCUGUGAUACAAGCUAAAUCAAAGCUUCAGCCAGUGUGGGAUCUGCUAAAUGAUAAGACUCAGAACUUUAGAAGCAUCACACAGCUGCUAGAAACUGUAAAAAUUACAUAUAACGAUUAUAAAGACAAUGUAAACAGUCUCAGUUCAGCAAGUGUAGUUAUAAUGCAACGUGAACCAAAUGAUUGCUGGGUAAACGGCUACAAUCCACUGCUGCUCAGAGCCUGGAAUGCGAACAUGGACAUACAAUACAUCCUGAACCCAUACACCUGUAUAAUGUACAUUCUGUCAUACAUCUCAAAGGGUGAACAUGAAAUGAGUGAAUACCUGAAAGGAGUGAUUAAAGACAUGUGUCCCACCACAUCUGAGAGAGAAAGCAUGAAACAGGUGAUGCAUGCCUACUCUAAAAACAGAGAGGUCAGUACACAGGAAGCUGUAGCUCGAACCUGCAGUCUAAAACUGAAAUCAUCAUCCCGUGCUGUGAUUUUCAUACCGACUGAUGAUAAUGCUGUAAAGAUGAGUCUGCCUAUGAGCUGCUUACAGGACAAAGCCCCUGAUGAUGAGAACGUGUGGAUGACUGGAUUGGCAGAAAAGUACAUGGCUAGGCCUGAAACACCUGAGUUUGAGAACAUGUGCAUGGCUGAAUUUGCUAGUGAAUAUCGGGUUGUUUAUGGAGAUCAAAAAAAGGGAAAAAAGGUACUUCCACUUCAGAAUGACAUGGGACACAUCAAAAAGCGAACCAGAGGAAAACCUGCCAUCAUCCGAUUUGCUCGUUUUUCACAACAGAAACAUCCCGAAAAAUUCUACGGGACACUACUAAAAUUGUACCUGCCCCACCGCAGCAGCUCACAGCUUAAAACUACUCAGUUCAACACAUAUGAAGCCUUUUAUGCCUUUGCCUCAGUUAAACUGCCAGGAACAGACACACUGCAGCGGGUUUACACCACUGUAAAUGAGAACAGAAAGAAGUAUGAAAAGCACAGUGAAACUAUUGAUAAAGCUGUUGAGAAUUUUGAACAGAAUGGUCCUAUUGAGGAUGCCUGGACUAACUUGGCACCAACAAAUGAACUGAUCCGAUUAGAGUGCAUGGUUGAGCAAGAACCCACAGAUCCCACUGAUAUAACAGAAGCAGAUGAUGUUCCAGAUUUCGCUCCAUCCACAUCUGAUAACAGAACAGCCAUGCCUGUAAUAGAAGCUCCACAGGUGAAUCCUGCAGUGAUCAGAAAAAUGUAUCAGAGCCUGAAUGAGACACAAGCUGCUGUGUUCUAUAAGAUAAGGGACUGGUGUAAAAGAAAAGUGCAGAAUGAAAAUCCAGAACCAUUUUUUUAUUAUGUAGCUGGAACAGCAGGAACAGGAAAGAGUCACCUUAUUAAGUCUGUGUAUGCAGAGGCCACCAAAAUCUUACAGAAACUGCCAUGUGUAAGAGAGGAAGCUGAUAUAUCAAAACCCACAGUGCUUCUGAGUGCAGUUACUGGCUGUGCCAGUCAUAAAAUUAAUGGAAAAACACUCCACGCACUCCUGUUUAUUGUGUAUUGUAAUCAAAUAUAGUUUAAUUUACCAAAAUUAUGACACACACUCCAGUUCAGACCCAUUUCUAAAUACUAAAAAUUCUAAAUUAAAUCAGAUAGAUUCAGUGAGCAUCUUCAUUUUUUUGUCUUAUUUUGGGCACAAGACUGAAAACAUUUUAACAUUUAAACCACCAUUUAACGUAAAUGACAAAUAAGUACAAUAUAAGAUAGAUAGUAUAAAAUAGUGGAAAAGUAGAGAGGGAGAAGUAUAGAGUGACGAGUGGUAAUGGGAAAGAAAUGGAAAGAAAGAAAAAAAGAUAACUAGAGAGAGAAAAGUAGAGAAAGAAAAGAGAAAGUGACAAGUAGAGAGAGAGAAGUAGAAAGAAAAGGAGAAAAAAGAGAAACAAAGACAGAGAAAUAGAUAGAAACAAGUAGAGACAAUUAGAGAAAUAAAGAGAGACAGAAAUAUAAAGUAACAAGUUGAGAGAACAAAGAGAGUGACAAGUAGAGAGAGAGAAAUAGAGAAAAAAGAAAGAGAAAGAUAGUGAAAAGUAAACGAGAAAUAGAGAGAAACAGAAAGAGAGUGACAAGUAGAAAGAGAGAAAAAAAGUACAGAACCAAAUAGAGAGAGAGAGUGUAGUAAAGAGAAAGAAAUAGAAAGAGAGUGACAAGUAGAGAGGGUAAUAUAUAGGGAGAGAAAUAUAAAUAAAAAGAAAUAGAAAACAUAGUAAGAAUUACAGAAAGAAUGAGAAAAAUAAAAAGAUGGAAAUAGAAAGAGAGUGAGAAUGAGAUUGAGAAAACGAGAACAAGAGAGAGAAAAGCGUAUGAAAGAGUGAAAAAGAGAAAUAAUAGAGUGAGAAAAAUAGAAAGUUGUGUAUAGAGAAAUAGAAAAGAGUGAGAAUUAGAAAAAUAAAUAAGAGGGAUAGAAAAGAGAAAUAAAAAGAGAGUGAGAAUUAGAGAGAAAAAUCUAGAGAAAUAUUGAGGUAAAUUGACAAGUUUGAAAAAGAAGAAAAGACAGAUUAAGAAUUAGUGAGAGUAGUUGAAAGAGAGACACGUAGAGAGAAAAUAAAUAGUAAGUAACAACAAAAUAGUUUCAAAAAGUUGUAUUUUAGCAUUCUAGAAAUCCGGUCAGAAAACAACAUUUAAUAUAGGAGCUUUUAAUUAAAGCAUGUGAAUUGUUAGAGUGGUUGAAACAGAGCUGUAAAAGCUAAAACACAUUUUACCAGCACUAACCCAGUACAUUUACAUUGUGUAAAUAAUGUUAAAUGAACAAAAAUACUUUCACACACUGUCCCGUAGUGAUGCUGUCAUAAUGCUCAGUAUGUCAGUUAGGAUCUUUUUGAGUUAAAAUGAAGAGUGCUGAAGAGUUUCAUCUCCUUGCGUGAUUUGGGGGUUUGAAACACCCCAACAUCCACAAUGAACCGACCAGGGGCUGCACAGGGAACUACACCAAGCUCGUCGGCACCACCAUUGUACAGGUGCACUACCAAAGCCCCAAGAAGCUUCAGAAUCACACUUUCAUCCCCUUAUGUGACUUAGGGGUCUUAAAUACCUCAACAUCCACAAUGGACCGACCAGGGGCUGCACAGGGAACUACACCAAGCUCGUCGGCACCACCAUUGUACAAGUGCACUACCAAAGCCCCAAGAAGCUUCAGAAUCCCACUUUCAUCCCCUUAUGUGACUUAGGGGUCUUAAAUACCUCAACAUCCACAAUGGACCAACCAGGGGCUGCACAGGGAACUACACCAAGCUCGUCGGCACCACCAUUGUACAAGUGCACUACCAAAGCCCCAAGAAGCUUCAGAAUCCCACUUUCAUCCCCUUAUGUGACUUAGGGGUCUUAAAUACCCCAACAUCCACAAUGGACAGACCAGGGGCUGUAGCGCAAACUACACCAAGCUCAUCAGCACCAACAUUGUACCAGUGCACUGCCAAAGCCCCAAGAAGCUUCAGAAUCCCACUUUCAUCUCCUUAUGUGAUUUGGUGGUCUGAAACACCUAUAGUGGACAGACCAGGGGCUGCACAGGGAACUACACCAAGCUUGUUGGCAUCAACAUUGUACCAGUGCACUAUCAAAGCCCCUCAGAAGCUUCAGAAUACCACUUUCUGAACUGAUUGCCCUCAAAAAGGAGGUAAAAGAUUGUGUGUGUGUGAGAGAGAGUGUGUGUGUGUGAGAGAGAGUUUUAAGGUGUGUGUACUUAAACAAGCACUGCCAAAGGUGGGUAAACCAUUAUCAAAAAGCCUAAUCUGGACCUCUGCGAGCUUGCUAAUUAGAGACCAAUUUAUAAUAUUUCCUUUGUAGCCAAAAUUCUAGACAAAAUAGUGUUUAAGCAGCUGCGCCUGUAUCUAAGCAAUAGUAUUCAUGAGGUUUUUCAAUCUGGAUUAAGACAAUACCAUAGCACUGAAACAGCUUUACUUAAGAGUAACUAAUGAUUUACUUUCAGCUCGUUAUAGAGGCAGCACUGCCAUCCAUGUACUGAUAGAUCUUAGUGCUGCCUUCGACACCUUAGAUCACACUAUUCUGCUCGAUAGGUUAGAAAAUCUAUUAUAGGAAUGAAAGGAUCUGCCCUCACCUGGUUCAGAUCUUAUCUGAGAGAUCGAUUCCAGUGUGUUUAUAUUGAUUAAUAUUGAUAAAAACAUGAAUGUUAAUACUGUAGACAUAGACGAUCACUUAAUUAUACCUGAUAAAACUGUGAGAAACCUUGGGGUCAUCUUUGACCCAGUUUUCUCGUUUGAUGCACACAUAUGUAGCAUAGUUAAAACUGCAUUCUUUCAUUUACGAAAUAUAGCUAAAGUCUGCAGUAUACUCUCUCUGGAAGAUGCUGGUGCAUGCAUUCAUAACCUUGAGGCUGGACUACUGCAAUGCGUUGUUGGCUGCAAGACCCCAUAAACUACUUCUUAAAUUCCAGCUAGUUCAGAAUGCAGCCGCGAGAGUGCUUACUAGAGCUAGAUAGUUCGAGCACAUUACCCCUAUUCUUUCAUCCCUACACUGGCUACCUGUUAAAUUUCGAAUAGAUUAUCAAAUACUUCUCUUGACGUAUGAAUCCCUCAAUGGUCUGGCCCCGCAUUAUCUGGAGGAACUUCUUGCACUUCUUACGAUCCACCACGUGCAUAUUAUAUGCAUAUUAUACAUAAAUAUGCAUAUUUGAACUAUGCAUAUAUAUUUAUAUAAAACUAUGCAAGAGGAAGAGCUUUCUUUUAUAAAGCUCCCCAACUUUGGAAUAACCUCCCUAUUAAUAUACGGGACUCAGAAACACUCGCAAUCUUUAAAUCUAGACUCAAAACAUUUCUAUUUGCUCAAGCUUUUAAUCUUUCAAAAGUCUCAUCCCAAUUGUUCUCUUACUUAUGCUCUUCUAACUAUUCCUCUCACAGCUCACCCAGCAAAUAUAAACCCUGUCCUAAUCAUCUGCUUUCUCUUUCUCUCCCCAUGCCCUGAGCUGCUGCCUCCCAAGUGCCUAUCCUACUCCAGCAGAGUUUUAUAAAACCAUUCUAACCCCAUUUUUUUCCCUCCCCUCUCUGAUCUCUCUCUCUAUCUCUCUCACAUGUGCUGAGAUGCCCGGCCGGUCGGCCUGCCUGGAUUAUGUCCAUUUGUGUUUACAGCUUUCCAGAAUCAGCCCUGUCCUUCUACUCAGCAGAAUUAUUACACAACCUUUCUAACUCAAUUUUUGUCUCUUUCUUUCCUUUCUGUUUUCUCUAUCUCUUUUACAUGUAUGGAGAUUCCCUGUUCCUGAUGUUUCCAGCCUGGCUCUCCACUGCCCGUUGUGUUGUUCUCCGGCUCUGCAGCCCUGCACUGUUUAGCAUUAACACACUCAGAAUCUGUUUUUAUAUUAACCACUAGGGGUGUGACGAGAUCUCGCGAGAUUAAAACGUGACGAAAUUUCUCGUCAAGCUUAAACCAAGCUUAAAGCGGGAAAAAAAAGUUUAGUGUGGACUUUUUAAGAGGGAACUGGCAACAGAGUAGCGAUAGCAGAAAGUGUGGUGGCUGAGCAGUGAGAGCAGCUCUCAGCAGAAGAAGAAAAUUCGGGUAUUUGUAUAGAAGAUGCUUCUGCUACUUUUAAGUUGUAUGUCUGGCUGCAUUUUGGCUCCAGUGGAAACAAUAAACGGUAACAGAGUGACCAACAAGACACAAACCAUAUGUAAAUACUGUUAGUAAAUCAUACACAUGACUGUUUCAUAGGUAGUUGUACUGAUCCCUUAGCUCUGUACUGUAUUAAAAAAAAUGUUCUGAGAUUUGAGAUUUAGGAGAAAAAACACAAACCAUAGGCUUAAUAUGACUGGUUGUGGUUUGUACGUAUUGUUUGCACUAAAUAAGACCUAGAAUUUUUUUUUUUUCUUUUUCUUAUUUCCAUUUCUUAUAGAAUCAAUGUGUGAGAGAAACCAGUCUGUUAAGUUUACGUUAUAUGAUUUUGUCAAAUUCAUUUUUGACGUUUCUUUAAAAUUAGAUUUUUAAAUCUCAUUUCUUUCUCGUGAACCCAGUAUCGUGUCUCAUUUUGUGAUAUUAGUGUCUCGUCGCACCCCUAUUAGCCACAGCUCUAUAGUUUCUGCUAAUCACAUUUUUAUAUUUAUAAAAUAGUACCUGUUGUAUUACUUAUAGCGCCACAUUAUCUCUCUGCACUGUUGUUUUGUUCUGUUAUUUGUUUGUUGUUUGUUAUUUGAUUGUACUGAGCGGGUCAACCCGAGUAGGAUGGGUUCCUCGGACUGAGUCUUGGUUCCUUCCAAGGUUUCUUCCUCUUAAAGGGAGUUUUUCCUUGCCACUGUGUCACCACAAUAAUUGGCAUCUCUGUGGUGCUGCUCAUAAGAGGAGUGGACCUGUUUUUCUCUGUAAAGCGGCUUUGUGACAACUUUUGUUGUAAAAAGCGCUAUUUGAAUAAAAUUGAAUUGAAUUGAA